UUCAAACAUGGUUUCUUUUCUGCGCAACAGAAUAACACAAGUAAAAAAAAAAAGACUUCCGAGUUGACAAAGGGACGCUAGCAGCGCGCUGGUGUGCUGCAUGGAUGGCUGCAGGGUCAACGCAUUCUCUUUGCGCGUAAGCGAGGAACUCGGCGUGUCUCAAGUGGGACGGGCAAAUGAGGAGAAACUCAGGCCCCAUCCACUUCUCCACUUUUAAUGAGCAGCUCCGAUCAUGCUCGAGUGAAAAAGUCCAGGUGGAGGUUUCACUCACUUGAAUGGAGGCGUCAGAGUAGCGCGCAAACAUUUACACUCACAACGCGCCUUGCUGCGGGAUUACUUGAACUCAUCGGGAGUUUAUACAAGGACAUCCGGCCCACGGAACCAACGCGCAUCUCACCAUGAUCAGGACAUCAGUAACUGUCGUCUGCCUCGCACUGCUUCUGUCCUGCACUUGCCGGGCCAAGCCCAACGGGUCAAGGGGCAAGAAACCAAAGCAAGUUGUUCCAGCCAUCGAGUGCGAUGUCAGAGCCGGAAAGAUUAGUCUCCCGGAAUUCAUCGUCAAAUGCCCCUCGCACUGUCGGGAGACCAAGCAGCAGGUGUAUGGCACGAGUGUGUUCGCCUCCAUCUCCAGCAUCUGCAACGCCGCCAUCCACAGUGGCAUCAUCACCAAUUAUGGAGGAAAAGUGAUUGUGAAGAAAAUGGCAGGCCAGAACACCUAUAAAGGCAGCAACUCCAACGGCGUGCGCUCUCUGUCACUUCCUAAAUGGAGAGAAUCCUUCGUUGUCAUGGAGGGGAAGCCGAAGAAGGGUGUGAUCUACCCAUCGACCCUUGACUUUGUUCCUUCCAGACCAACGUAUGUGAAGACAGGUCAAAAGGACAAAGCUCCCGCGGCUACCACUGCGCUUCCGACAACAGCGGCACCUGAACCCACCACCACCACCACCACCACCACGACACCUGAACCUACCACUGUCCUCCCUACCACUCAGGCUCCCACUACCACCACUACUACGCCUCCUCCUCCACCGCCCCCUACCACUCUCAAAACCCGCGCUGCCGUGCACAAAGUCAGAGAUGCAGGCAGCGGUCACCCUUACCUUGCCUCUGUAGCAGCUUCUAGUUCAAGGCAAUCACAGAGUGCUCAAGGCAAGAGCCCCACCCAAGUAUACCGUGGAAGCGCCUAUCCAAAUAGAUACCCACAGCGUGCCAACGCAGGUCUGCGCAGACCAGAGGUCGGUCCACCUAUGAGGAGACAGUCAUCCUCUCCAGUUGGGCCAGGAGCUUUUAACAGAGGUCAGCUGCCCCCAAAGGAACGGACACCAAUCAUAAGCCAAUCCAAUCCUGUUUUUCCAAGGAGGGACUGGGCCCCUCCAUCCUUCCCUCGUCCUGAGUGGUUUCCUGGAGCCAGACGAACAUCAGAUGUUAUUUAUGCAACACCAGACUCAGGAUACACAUGGAGUGAGACGGACACACCUGAAAUGACCGCUCAGGAUCACAGACCCGAUAUCUCAGACUUUGAGCGCUGGUAUUAUAACUUGGGAUCAUACCUGUCCCGAUCCGGUGACUUGGACGGCAACCGCCAAGCGCCGGUGGAUACAACCCAUACGAGAGUGGAGACAGUGGAUGAAUGGAGGCCCGAUGCAAACCUUUAUCAGUCAGGCUUCAGCAUUAAAGAGCAGGCACCUGCACCCAGAGCACCUGAACCUGUGUCACAGGGAGACCCAGCCUGUAAGGUUGACUUGGUCUUCUUGAUGGACGGGAGCUGGAGCAUCGGGAAGCGGCGUUUUAAGAUCCAGAAGGACUUCCUGGCUGAGGUGGCUCAGGUCAUCAACAUCGGCGUGGCUGGACCCAUGAUGGGGGUCAUUCAAUACGGGGACGACGCUGUCACAGAGAUCAGCCUGAAGAGUUACUCCAAUUCCAGAGACGUGAAGACGAGCAUCACCAAGAUUGCGCAAAAGGGAGGCGUCUCCAAUGUGGGGAAGGCCCUGGCCUACAUUAACACGCACUACUUCAGCGAUGCCAACGGAAACAGAGGAGGCGCUCCAAAUGUUGCCGUGGUGCUGGUGGACGGAUGGCCCACGGACAAGGUGGCGGAGGCGUCGCGGCUCGCGAGGGAAUCCGGCAUCAACAUCUUUUUCGUCACCAUCGAGGGUGCCGACGACAACGAGAAACAAAACCUAGUGGAGGCUAAUUUUGUGGACAAGGCCGUGUGUCGCACAAACGGCUUCUUCUCCUUGCCAGUGUCGAGCUGGUUCGCUCUGAGGAAAACUGUGCAGCCUCUGGUGAAGCGAGUGUGCGACACAGACCGACUAGUUUGCAGCAAAACUUGCCUCAACGCCAACGACAUCGCCUUUGUCAUCGACGGCUCCAGCAGUGUGGGUACUGGCAACUUCCGCACGGUGCUCCAGUUUGUGGCCAACAUCACGCGAGAAUUCGAGAUCUCCGACACAGACACGCGAGUGGGCGCCGUGCAAUACACCUACGAGCAGCGGCUGGAGUUCGCUUUCGGGCAACACAACUCCAAGGCUGAACUGCUCAACGCCAUCAAACGCAUCAACUACUGGAGCGGCGGCACCAGCACGGGAGCUGCCAUCACUUUCGCCGCCGAGCAACUCUUCACCAAGUCUAAGCCCAACAAACGCAAAAUUAUGAUCGUUAUCACAGAUGGACGCUCCUAUGAUGAUGUCAGAGCACCUGCACUGGCUGUGCAUAGCCAAGGUGUGAUCGCCUACUCCAUCGGAAUCGCCUGGGCUGCCCAGGACGAGCUGGAAUACAUCGCCACUGACCCCGACAAGGAGCAUUCCUUCUUUGUGGAUGAGUUUGACAACCUGUACAAAUUUGUGUCCAAGAUUGUCCAAAAUAUCUGCCACGAGUUCAACUCCCAGCCCAGAAACUGAGGGCAAAAUGUGGUGGGCUGCCCUAACAGAACACGGACUAUAAAAUUUACUCUUUCUGUUGGCCACGUGUGGCGUAUUGGCGUAUCCGAGCAGAGGGGAGUGUUCAUUUUACCACGGGACAAAUCUUUGAGAAUACUGUAGGUACAUGUUCCCGCAAUCUGCCAGUGGUGCUAGUAACGCUUCCGUGCUUUAUUAGCUUUCAGCCACCGCCGUUAUUUAUGAGCUAACAGUCACUUCUAUACUCUAAAGUGCAGGUUGAAUGAAAUCCAUACAAGUGCAUUUUGAUGAAUUUAUUUCAGCAGUUGAAUUUAAACAGUGAAACUCAUAUGUAUAUUCAUUAAACAGGAAGAUGAAAAGAAUACAAAAAUCAGAAGGCUGGUUCCGAUAUAACUUUUAACAUAUUAAACUGAUUUUCAUUCAUAAUGUAAUUUCUUCAUUAUGGUUCAUUUGGGGUUUCGGUUAGGUGUGAAAAAAAAUUAUAAUGAAAUAUAAAUUCUGUCUAGUGUAUCUAUAAAAACGAGUUACUUUUUUUUUUAACUACUGAAAUUAACUUUGCACGAUAUUUUAAUGUAUUGAGAUGCAUCUAUAAAUUAUGUGUAGCAUUUUUAUGGCAACUGUUCAUGAUUGGAAUAUUAUUUGAAGGUGGAAACAAAAUGUAAAACUAAAAUAUCUUACUGGGAUGUGGAAAAGUAGACUUUUGGCAUACGUGGCCUUUCCUCUUGUGGCUUCUUUGCGCUCUCUCUGAAGAGGUGCGUUUUCUUCCUAACAGGAGAGAUUCGUUUUGCGGGACAUUGUGUCGGUUCCUCUAGCAGACUAUGGUUCGUGCUUUGGUCAUUGGAAUGUGGCUUAUGUGCACCGCAUGAUUUUAUUUCCUUAACAGUGCGGUCGCUUUUAAACAUCUUUUGAUUAAAGUGUAUUUAUGAUUGUUUCCCUAUUUGUACAUAUUCAUAUAGUAGCAUUUGCUCACAAUGAUUUCUUUUUUGUGUGUGCAAGUUUUGAUAAAAUAAAGAAGAUGAAGACAACUUUAAAUAAC